AUGGAUAUAAGUAUUCAUAGUCUCUUCCUAAUAUUUAAAUAACAUUGAUAACAUUAACAUUGACUUUCCAUUCCGUUUUUUUGGGGUUGCUCCCAAAAUAUGUUGUUAGGUUUGGGUAGAUCGUUUGGCAGACUUGGCUUCUAUAUAGAACCCUUACGCUUGGCCAGCCAAAAAUGUGGCCAAAAUGCCAAGAGCGCCUUGAUUGUAUUGGCACCAGGUGCUGAGGAAAUGGAGUUUACCAUAUCGGCCGAUGUCCUUCGAAGAGCAAAGAUCAACGUAACUGUGGCUGGAUUGGAUACUUGUGAGCCCAUCAAGUGUUCCCGGGGAGUUGUCAUUGUGCCCGAUACUUCUCUGGAGCAGGCAAUGGGCCAAGGUAACUACGAUGUAGUGGUCCUGCCCGGUGGGUUGGCCGGCAACAAGGCCUUGAUGGGCUCCAGUGCUGUGGGUGAACUUUUACGCCAGCAGGAGUCCCAGGGCGGACUUAUCGCCGCCAUAUGUGCCGCACCCACGGCUCUGGCCAAGCACGGAAUAGCGAAGGGAAAGACCCUGACAUCUCACCCAGAUAUGCGGCGCCAGUUGGAGGAAAAGUAUUGCUACAUAGACGAUCAAAGUGUGGUUCAAGACGGGAAUCUAAUUACUAGCCGAGGACCUGGAACAUCUUUUGAUUUCGCCCUGAAGAUUGUUGAGGAAUUGGCAGGAGUCGAGGUGGCCAAGGAUGUUGCCAAACCCAUGUUGGUCACCUUUAAGCCGUAAUUGAAUUAUAAGGAAUUUCAAAGCAUUGCUUGUAAAAAU